GUGGUCGCGACCGAGGCGAACGCGCCGCACGUCUUUUAACCCAAACUCGCAGUGAGUUACAGUGACAGUGAUGCCUAGUUUCCAGUGACACGCACUCACAAAUUCCCAACUGGACACAAUAGUGUUUACAUCACACUCUAAGUCCGAUCAUGGGUACGAUGUUCAGGAGCGAGGAGAUGGUGCUGUGCCAGCUCUUCGUCCAGUCGGAGGCUGCCUACGUCUCCAUGUAUGAGCUCGGCGAGGCCGGUGUCGCGCAGUUCAGAGAUCUAAAUCCCCACGUAAAUGACUUUCAAAGACGAUACGUAACUGAAGUACGAAGAUGCAGCGAGAUGGAGCGCAAGCUGCGCUGGGUGGGGGGAGAACUUCCGGAGCCUCCUCCUCCUGCAAAGUCAGCGCCACACAGUCUCACCCCUCGAGAGAUUAAUAUAUUAGAGGAAAGAAUUGAUUACAUAGAAUCGGAGAUUCAAGAGAUCACACGCAACGCACGGAACCUUAAAUCUGACUACCUGGCCUUAAACGAGCUGAAGCUGCUAAUAGAAAAAACACAGACCUUCUUCCAGGACCAUGGAGCGCACAGGAAAAUCUCUGCUUCAGUACAGCAAAACAACGACGCAGUGUACGCUCAUCUCGGUUUCAUUGCCGGCGUAGUCGCCACAGCGAGGGUCCCUGCUUUCGAGAAGAUGCUCUGGCGGAUAUCCCACGGGAACAUUUUCUUCAAACAAGCUCAAAUUGAUGAACCUUUCAAGGAUCCUAAUUCUGGUCAUCCGCUACAAAAGACAGUAUUUGUGGUUUUCUUCCACGGUGAACAAAUCAAAAUGCGCGUGAAGAAAGUGUGUCAUGGAUUCAAAGCAACACUAUAUCCUUGCCCAGCCACAUACAAAGAACAACAGGAAAUGUUGGCGGGAGUCGUGUGCAGGAUCAAAGACUUGGAAAUGGUUCUAGAACAAACAGAACACCACAGGCGUCUAGUUUUAGCAAACAUUGCCAAAGACUUCAGCACAUGGAUGAUGGCCGUACGAAAAGAAAAGGCUAUCUAUCACACACUAAAUAUGUUCAGUAUGGACAUAGUUAAGAAAUGCCUGAUAGCUGAAUGUUGGGUACCAAAGGAAGAUAUAACAAUCGUACAGAAAGCAUUAGAUAAUGGAGUGAAGGCUAGUGGCAGUCCAAUACCGUCAAUUUUACACUAUGUACCUACAAGGGAAACACCGCCAACAUUCAAUAGAACCAACAAGUUCACUAAGGGCUUCCAGAACCUCAUUGAUUCCUAUGGAAUCGCUACCUACAGAGAAGUCAAUCCAGCACUUUAUACAAUAAUAACAUUCCCAUUUCUCUUCGCUGUAAUGUUCGGUGAUCUUGGCCAUGGAAUCAUCAUGACAACUUUUGCCUCCAUCGUCGUCUUCUACGAAAAGAAAUUCCUUAAAGAGAAAUCAGACAACGAAGUGUGGAACAUCUUUUUUGGAGGACGCUACAUCAUACUGCUCAUGGGGAUAUUCUCAAUGUAUACGGGAUUAAUAUACAAUGACAUGUUUUCCAAAUCCCUGAACAUAUUUGGCAGCACUUGGACACAUUCGCAUGAUACUAGCGUAUUAGGGAAUCAUUCGUCUUUAAUCUUGAAUCCAACCUAUGAUUAUACAGGCAGUCCAUACCCGUUGGGAAUUGACCCCGUUUGGCAGUUUGCAGAAAAUAACAUAAUAUAUCUGAACUCGUUCAAGAUGAAACUGUCGAUUAUUUUCGGUGUAAUACACAUGGCCUUCGGUGUGACAAUGAGUGUGGUAAACUUCAACUAUUUCAAGAAACCGGAGUUGAUAUUCUUACAGUACAUACCACAAAUUUUGUUCCUGUUGCUUUUGUUCUGGUAUUUGUGUAUUCUUAUGUUUAUGAAGUGGAUCAUGUAUUCAGCGGAUUUGGGCGUAGACGUCGCGUAUGGCACGUCUUGCGCUCCUUCAGUGCUGAUCCUUUUCAUCAACAUGAUGCUAAUGAAAAAGUCUACAGUCAAAGAGUCCUGUAAAGAAUACAUGUAUGAUGGACAAGAAACGUUACAGAAAACCUUCCUUGCCUUUGCUUUCCUUUGCGUUCCCGUUAUGUUAUUCGGGAAACCCAUUUACAUGGUUUGGGAGAAAAGAAAACGAAAGCAAUACCGGCAAGGCGUCGAAAGCGGAGAUACAACUGAAGUUGCAAAUACUCACAACUCAGAAGCCAUGGGCGAGUUAUUGAUCACACAAGCCAUACAUACAAUUGAAUAUGUACUGGGAACGGUGUCCCAUACAGCAUCAUAUUUGCGUCUUUGGGCAUUGUCUCUUGCUCAUGCACAGUUAUCAGCCGUCCUUUGGCAACGGGUCCUCAAAAUGGGCCUCAGCGGAAGAUCAGCAGCUGACGCUAUAGUGUUGUACGUAAUAUUCGGCGUAUGGGCUUUCUUUACACUCGCAAUUUUGGUACUGAUGGAAGGACUUUCCGCCUUCUUGCACACAUUACGGUUACACUGGGUGGAGUUCAUGAGCAAGUUCUAUGACGGUCAAGGUUACCUCUUCACUCCGUUUUCUUUCGCCGCCAUACUAGAGAACGACGAAGAAGACAGCAAAGCUCGACUUAAAGAACAACUUAAGGAGAAUAAUGGAAGACCACCAGAGUGAUUCCCUUUGUCAUUCAUUUAAUUCAUAUUACGUACUUUGCGUGCGUUUAAAUUGUGGACUUAUUCGAUAUAAUUCUUCUACUAUGCCUUGUGUAGUUCCCACUGAACCUCUGGAAUUUCCAAAAGAAAACCG